CCGGGCUCGGUGCGGCUGUCCCCGUCGCCCGCCCCGCAGCCGUCGGCGGCCCUGACGCCCGUGGAGCAGCCGCCGCAGAGCAACACGCUGGUGGGGCUGCCUAUCGUGGCCAUCGAGGGCAUCCUCGGCUUCCUCUCCUACGACGAGACCAGCCAGCUCCGCCUGGUUUGUAAGCGAAUGGACUUGGUCUGCCAGCGAAUGUUAAAUCAGGGAUUUCUGAAAGUGGAAAGAUAUCACAACUUGUGUCAGAAACAGGUUAAAGCACAACUUCCAAGACGAGAGUCAGAAAGAAGAAACCAUUCUUUAGCUCGUCAUGCAGACAUUCUUGCUGCUGUAGAAACUAGGCUUUCUCUGUUAAAUAUGACUUUCAUGAAAUACGUGGAUUCCAAUCUUUGUUGCUUCAUACCUGGAAAGGUGAUUGAUGAAAUCUAUCGUGUGCUAAGAUAUGUAAACUCUACAAGAGCUCCUCAAAGAGCCCAUGAAGUUCUUCAAGAGUUAAGGGACAUCUCUUCCAUGGCUAUGGAAUACUUUGACGAGAAGAUUGUUCCCAUUCUUAAAAAAAAGCUGCCUGGAUCAGAUGUAUCAGGACGACUCAUAGGAGCUGCUCCAGUUCCAGGUCCGUCUGCUGCAUUGACAACAAUGCAGCUGUUCUCCAAGCAAAACCCUUCAAGGCAGGAAGUCACCAAACUCCAGCAGCAGGUCAAAACAAAUGGUGCAGGUGUGACUAUGCUAAGGCGGGAAAUUUCAGAGCUUCGCACCAAAGUGCAAGAACAGCAGAAACAGCUUCAGGACCAAGACCAGAAACUGCUAGAGCAAACCCAAAUCAUAGGUGAACAGAACGCCCGCUUGGCUGAGCUUGAACGCAAACUCCGAGAAGUAAUGGAAAGUGCAGUAGGAAAUUCCUCAGGUUCUGGCUCAAAUGAGGAGUCUCCUAGAAAACGGAGGAAGGCAGUUGAAUCUAUAGACUCUCCUAGGAAAUCUAAACGCCUUCGAAACAGAAAAUAAUUUUGGAGUAAAUGACACCUCCAGAAGAAUAUACUUUUCUAGUAACCCGAGCAGUUUGGCUUGCCUGGAUACUGUGAUUAGCAGCAUGGUGUCAUUUAGGCUGCUGGCUCUCCAAAAUUCCACUUAGACUUGAAAAGUAAACUUCUCACUCUUGAGACAUUUAUUUCCCCUUCUCCCCUCUGCUUCUGUCUGAGUGGGCCUAACGCACAGGAUCUUUAUAAUUUGCAAUAGAUACGUACUAACCAGACCUGCUCUAUCAUGUUUUGAGGAGUUAACCUUUUUUUUCUUCUGUGCAGAUGUGUUAAAGUGAACUUAUUUGUGUUUAUGCAUAUAUUCACAUAAAAAAUCUUAAAUAAAUCCAGUCUCGACUGAUUAGAAAGUUAAACUUACAAACAGAUGUCCUUUUCACUUGAAAAAGACCCACUUUUUAAAUCUUGUUUUAAAACAAGUUGACUCUUUUGUUACAAGUGACCUUGUCUGGAAUGUCUGAAAAGUAGUUAAUACUUUGGGGAUCUAUGUAAUAAGUAAAAUAACUUCUUAUGCUACAGUAUUGGCUAUAUAUUUUUGUAAACUAUGAGCAAGGGACUUCUAUCCAGUCUACACGUGCACACCCCCUAGUUCAAAGUAUCUGGAGCCAUAUUCUACAUUUGCAUGAAUAGAUGCAUGCAUUGCUUAAUCAGCUCACUAAAAGCACUUGCCUGGAGUUGCUCUUAAAUUAAGUCUCUGUACUUUCCCAGAGUUAGAGAGCAAUUUUAAUUCUUCAGCCAUAACUUUGCAUCUACUUUCAGUACAGCUGCUUUCUUACAGUGGAGGGGUUCCUGUGAGACCAGUUGCAGAAAAGGAAGUAUUUAAGCCAGGCUAUUUGCUGCUUCCACUGCCUGUAAACUGCAGGUACGGUCAGCUAGAGGUUGAAAAUUCAGAGGCUGUUUCUGUCUGUUAUUCCUUUGGCUCAUAGACCAAAAGCUGAUGAGUAUUGGACAAAAUUAUCUGUCCCUACAAUAAGCAGGCUUAGUGGAACACUGAACGAAACACUGUAUUACAAGAAAUCUUAAAGAAUUUCAUGUGUGGAAAAGUGAUCUCUGUAAUAUUAAUAACUAUACUCUUAACUUUCCUUAUUCUGAAAGGUAAAUCACUUCAGACAAAGCUUUAAUUUCUUUUGCACUUCUGUUUUUAGCUUGUAACUGGAAAAGCAUGUCUUGCACUGUUCAGUCUUUUGAUUGGUCACUUUAACAACCUCAGAGUUGUUGUGUACAGUGGUUUUUUUUUUUGGUUUUUUUUUUUUAAUUCUUCCCCACCCCCCAGUUGUAUAUUUUUGGAACUUUAUACAAGUAUCGCUGUCCUUGUUUUUGUUUUAAUGUACUAAACUAUGUAGCUUUAUCAUUUGACUGUUAUGUUUUCUUUUAAUCAACUGUUGCCUUGGGUUUAGGUGGAAUUAAAUGCUGUGUGUGGCACUGAAAAAUGCCACAUUCUGGUGGUGGUUUGAGGUUUUGACAACUACUACCAUGGCUAAAAGUGCAGGUUCAGCACUCCUAUAUUUUCUAUGUCUGUUCACACAAAAUUAUUAUGUUUAAAUUAAUCAAACAGGAAUUUGAAGCUGUCCUGUAAAUUCUUUUGUGAUAGCUAAUAUGCUUCUUUAAACUUGAUUAUCCUAGGUUUUAUUUCUAAAACACACUGGUUUGUGUCAGAUAUAAUUUCCCAUGAAACAUGCCAUUACAAAUUAAUGUCUAGUUUUUGGCAGAGCAUUUAAUUUUUAAAUAAACUUGUUUUGCUAGUUUAAAGAAAAUUUAAAAUGGGUUGUUUCAUUAAAGAAAACAUUAAAUUGACCUCUACCCAUUGAUGAUAUACAGUUUAAAAAUGGCCAAGGCCUUUUGUUGUUGAUCUGUAGAACCUGAGCUGUAAUGCUAUUACAUGACAAAGGCCUGUUGGAGAUACUACAUAGCAGUUUUCAACUAAACACUUGAAUGUUUCCCUUGUGUCUAGAAAGGACUUUUCUCCUAAAAGUCGGUGUGAUUAUCAUUUAACAGGUGUAACUAUUGUAUCAAUACUUGGUACAUAUGAUUUUAGUUCAUUUUAAUGGGCUUAUUCCUUUAACAGGUAUUUGUUUUGAAAGGAUUUAAGCAUAAAUAAAAAACCUGUAACGUGCAUUUUUUAAAAGUUUGUUCAUGCAUAUGAGUUUCUCUCUAGUUUCUUUUAUCUUUUACUCUUUCGUAUUGAAUCCACGUAGCUUUUUUAAAACAAGAGUGUUGGGCUAAUUUUUGUUAAUAUUAUAUUAGCUAAAACCAGGAGGAGUCAUGAAUUGAAAGCCCCUUGAGUGUGUGCCUGUGCUUUGGGACAUAAAACCUUGUUAAGUAAACAUAUAUGGAUAAAAUCCAACUGGAUAGUCUUGCACUAUGCAGCUUGAUGCCAUAUUUAUUUUUCCUACAUUAUUUUAUCAAUCAUUACUUAAAUGUAGGUGAAAACUCUCAGGUCUUAUCUGAUCAGGAACUGACACAUGUAGACACUAUAUAAAGGCAUAACUAGUUCUUGUAAAAGUGAUAUUCUCCUCUAAUCUAUUGUUCCCUGUAUUGACAUUAAUGUCAACGGGGAGAAUUCUUACACCUUGUCUAUACUGUUUUGUUGGCAUAGAUAUACUAGAGAAAUAUUAGUGUAGAUCAAGUUGUAUUGGCAAACAGCAUUUCUGUUAAAAAUCUAAGCAAAAUUAAAAAAUGACUGCUUUCUUGUAAAUUUAAUAUUUUAAACUAGUAUCCUAUUAGAAGCUCAGCUUUCAACAUGCACAGUUCUCUAAUCUUCCCCCCAAAAUACAUUCUUAUUAGAACUUUGCAUCUUAUUGUUAUAAAAUUGAAUUUUAUUCCUGAAAAAAAAUAUUCUCUGAAAGUCUGGUAAGUAUCAGGAGGAAUCCUAAAGGCAUAUUGCAUCACAGGUGCCUCAUUCAUGUUUUUGAAUGUUCCUAACUUUCUUGGAUCAGAUAUCCAAAAUGGCCUAGCAUGAAUACCUCGUGUGUGUAGUGUGGCUGUUCCAGCCACUUUUUAGUAUAGUGAGAAAAAGAGGAAGAGGACUUUGCAGUUGUCUCCAAACUUUUACAGAAAACAAUCUGAUACUAAGACAUGAAAAGAAAAGAUUAACUAGGGCUUCAUUAAAAUGGAGCUGUAAAAGAAUCAUUGGAAGACAGAAGGAGGAAGCUUCAAAGGGCUAAGGAAGAACAGCAAGUGUGAUGGGCCAAAUGUUACUGGAGUGAGACUCAAAUAGACAUUGGGAAACCUAAAAUAGUAAAAGUAAUGCUUUCAAAAGGCUAAUGAACUGUCUAUGCAGGAGGUCUGUUCUGUAGUAAUCUGGAUUACAUCAAACAAAGAUUUGCAUUCAUAUGGCAUAACUGCAUAUAACACAGUAACUGGUAGUUUUACUUCAGUUGAAAUCAGCAGGAAAUUAAUCUGACAUAGCAAAUUACCUUGUCACCUUCACAUGAUUAGAACUGUGCUGCAAUCUACUACUGGCAGUCCUGCAGCUUUCUUCCCCUUAUGAUUUACACCUUGCUUGGAUCAACUGAUUCACCUGUUGUGCCUUCUCUUGCUCAAGGAACACCAUAACAGGAUGUUAAUUUUCUGUUUUAAGUACUGGCACAAUCAGAUUCAACAAUCUACUUGUGCUUAUGUGCUUCAGGAGUUUAUAAACCCAAGUGGGCUUUUGGUAUUGCAUCUCUGUACUUUCAACUUGAAUAGCACUGAGGUCCUGAACCUCCUUACUGCUGGAGAGAGGCAAGAGUUUGGGAAGUCCUAGGGUCCAGACACUGAAAGCUGUAUAUUUUGAAGAAAUUCCUAACAGGCUGGCCAAGUGGAGUUGUAACUAAGACACAAGAUACAGCUACCUGAAAGCAAAGGAUAUGAAGAUGGCUUAGAAGCUAAGAAAACAAGCCAGACCACUGGCAGCAAUCAAGCCAUGCAUCUGUUUUGACAAGUUGGACAGAAUCUUGGUAGAGAAUACCAGCAUCAACUUGCACAUCAUUUCAGCUACAAUCAAAGAACAAAAAAAUGCCAGGGACUGCAAGAUGCGUCGUAUCCAGAACAGAAGUCCUUUAAUGCACAGCAGCCUGUAACGAUAGAUCUGGAUACCAGACAUGUUGCUAGCAAGUCUCCUGCCAAUGGCAUGGCAGCCAAGAAGACUGGUAACUUUCACUAAGGUUGCCUGGUGAUGAACACCUAGUAUACGUGUUUUAUUUCUAGAGCUGGAUACCAUCAUCUUUGGCAGAUGUAGCUAGUACCCUUUCUUGGUUACAAGCUCCCUUUUUGUGUUUCAAAGAAUGACUGCAGCAACUGGACUGUAGUAGCCAGCAUAUCAGCUAUAACCUUUCCCCCUCUUCUGUGGACUGCUACUCAUCUCAGUGCAUAGCCACCCACCCACUAUGGCGUUUAUUCAUAAACUCUGCCAAAUUCAAAAAAAGAAUGCCUUAUCAUAGCAAUGUGUUAGGAGCAGAAAGUUAUGAAGUAUCUGGUGUGUUCAGAUCAAACAAAUUCAGUUCAUCAGUGCAAUGUUUGGUUAUUACAAAUUUUAGCAAGGUGUUUCUCAGUUU